UUGAGUGAGAAUUAAGUCAUUCACUUUAUUUUUGGAAGUAGUUUGUAUGUGCGGCGUGACUAUAUAAUUGUUCAUAUAUUAUUGGAGCUAAUAAAGUACGUGAAAAGAAAAAUAUUGAUUGCAUUUGCAGUUGGCGUGUUGUUAUUUGUGUACUGUAGACGGAGAUGAACAUCCCUGAUUGUGGAGCUUGUGAAACAGAUCUAGCAGUGAACCUCGUGUGUGAUGUUAAUAAUGAGUACGUAUAUCCUCAUCACAUACGCAAAUAGUGCCACAGCUGUUUGUGAAAUGUUGCAGUAGUUACCAUCGUGGGAAACUUUCAUUGCUACUGUCGCUUUCAUUCGCUACCUAUUCCCCGAGGAAGCACACAGGACCCUAUUGCCACUUUAUACUGCGGGUAUCACACCAAAUGGCAUGAACUUACAUCUCAACCAUGAGCAGGUAUUCAGGUGAUUCAUUCCGCUGGAGACGUGGGUCUGGAGGGAGAAAUAACGAUGCAGCAGGUCACAGUGGACAUCACUGGCCUCCAGGUGGACCUGGGAAUCAAGGAUAUCCCAAUCAUAAGUUUUCUUUGUUGCCUGAUCCAUAUAUGAGCUUUGAACAACAGCCAACAUGGACACCAAAUUCGCUUAUGCCAUGGUUACAGCAGGAAUCAUGGGGGUGGCAACAAGUACCCCAAGCCACAGGAUUUGUGCCUGGUGGUGCUAAUUUUUCAAAACUGCCACCAAAGACACACACUGAGCAACAGAAACAACAACAGUUGAAUCGUCAAAAGCAACAGAAGCAAUCUAAAAGUCAAAAGCACAAUAAGCAACAGCAGAACCUUCACCACCACCACAACCAACAGCAGCAGCAGCAGCAACAGCAGCAAAAGCAACAGCAACAAAAGCAACAGCAACAAAAGCAACAGCAAAAGAAGCAGCAACAACAAGAACUACAGCAGCAGCAGCAACAACAACAGCAGCAGCAAAAACAGCAACAGCAGCAAACGAAAGCAAAUGUUGAAAAGAAAGCAGGAGGGAAUCAGUUACAAAAAAUUGAAAGCCGACAAAAACCAAAUCCACCUCCUGGAUCAGAAGAGGCUAGGCGAAAGGCCCUUGAAUCCACAACUGAUAAGCUCAAACGUUGCUUAAGUAGCAUGGGGCAGGAGCGCACUGAGGUUUGUCAUCCAAUAUCAGUAAUGUUUUCUAGUAUCAGUUGAGUUGCUAGUAUUAUCUUUCACCUUCUGUAGCUUUCUCUUCUUUAUUUCUCCUCGAUAAAUUGUUUUAAUGCUUAUUUGUACAUCUCACCUUGCAAAUGGAAGAUUAUAGGAGGAGGCUGAGAUGAGGAAGUGGUAGGAGAGAAGAGGAGUGCUUAACAAGUCAAAGCAUUUGUGUGUGCUUUUUUUCAUUAUCUGGCACAGAGUGCAAAGGGAAGCUUUUUCAAAAUGAGGUGAUUAUUUUAAACAAAAAGAGCAAACAGUGGAAAUGAAAAUGCUUUCCUGUUGUACUACUGAGUACUGAUGUUUGAAAUCUCAUAUGAUUGCUUAUUACUCAUUUCAUGUGAAGCCCAUUGUACAGUGAUAUUAACUAAAUAAAUACUUAGCUUAUAAAAUUUGCACAACUAAUAAGCAUCUAGAUUACCUUAUAUUGAACUGAAUAUGAUUAUGUAGCUUUAGCACUGUUUUACUGUCUUUCUUUUUGAUGAAUAACUGUGUGAUCCAGUGGCUUAGUUAGACAAUUACGUGUUAUAAAUAUCUGUGACAAACCAGUUGCAUCACAGAAACAAAAAUGUAUGACGUGUGCAUACU